AUGGACCUCAAGCUAAAGCUCAGGCCAAGCUUCUUCGUCUUCUCCUUUCUGGUUUUCACCUUUCUUCUUAAUUUUGUAUCAGCAUCUAAUCCUAAAUGCAUAUCCACCGAGCGAGAAGCUCUUCUCAGCUUCAAACAGUCACUCACUGAUCUCUCCGGUCGACUCUCUUCUUGGUCCGGACCUGACUGCUGCAGCUGGACGGGUGUUCUCUGCGACGCCCGAACCAGCCAAGUCGUCAAGAUUGAUCUCAGAAACCCGAAUCAGAUAGUUAACUCCGAUGAGUAUAAGAAAGGUUGCUUGCGGGGUAAGAUACAUCCGUCUCUGACCCGUCUCAAGUUCUUGAGCUAUCUAGACUUGAGCUCAAACGAUUUCAACGGACUGGAGAUCCCCGAGUUUAUCGGACACAUCGUGAGUCUAAAGUACCUGAAUCUUUCUUCCUCUUCGUUCUCCGGUGAAAUCCCGGCGGUUCUUGGGAAUCUGACGAAGCUGGAGUCACUUGAUCUUUACGCUGAGUCGUUUAGUGACUCUGGUACGUUUGCUUUACGCUCAAGCAACCUCGCGUGGCUUUCGGGUUUAUCUUCUUCUCUGACACACAUCAACAUGGGGUAUGUGAAUCUGAGCGGUGUCGGUGAAGCCUGGCUGGAGAGUUUCAGCAGAGUCUCGAAGCUCAAGGAGUUGCAUUUGUUCAACUGUCAGAUCAAGAACUUACCUCUCUCCUUGUCUUCCUCUGCGAACCUGAAGCUUCUUGAAGUUCUUGAUUUGUCUGAGAACUCUCUCAACUCGCCGAUACCCAACUGGCUAUUUGGUCUCACCAGCCUCAGAAAGCUAUUCCUCAGAUGGGACUUCCUCCAAGGUUCGAUUCCUUCUGGAUUCAAGAACUUAAAGCUUCUAGAGACAUUGGAUCUGUCUAACAAUCUUGGACUCCAGGGAGAGAUUCCGUCUGUUCUAGGAGAUCUUCCUCAACUGAAGUAUCUUGACCUUUCUGCAAACGAACUCAACGGCCAAAUCAAUGGGUUUCUAGACGCCUUCUCAAGAAACAAAGGCAAUAGCUUGGUCUUUCUUGAUCUCAGUUCAAACAAGUUAGCUGGGACAUUGCCUGAGUCGCUUGGAGCGUUGAGGAAACUGCAGAUUCUUGAUCUUUCAUCCAACUCCUUCACCGGAUCGGUCCCUUCCUCGAUAGGGAACAUGGCGUCACUGAAGAAACUUGAUCUUUCUUACAACGCCAUGAAUGGAGCAAUCGGAGAAGGCUUGGGGAAGUUUGAGGAGCUUGUGGAUCUGAACCUGAUGGCGAAUACAUGGGAAGGUGUUCUUCAGAAGUCUCAUUUCUUGAAUCUUAGAAGCUUGAAAACAUUCCGUCUCACAACGGAACCAAACAGAGCUCUUGUCUUAAACUUGCCAUCUUCCUGGAUCCCUCCUUUCAGACUGGACUCGAUCCAAAUCGAGAACUGCAAGAUCGGUCCCGAGUUUCCAAUGUGGCUUCAAGUGCAGACCAAACUCAACUCUGUCACACUCAGAAACACUGGAAUCGAAGACGCAAUACCGGAAAGCUGGUUCGCCAGAAUCUCUUCGGACGUGACUUACCUGGUUCUUGCAAACAACAGAAUCAAAGGGAAGCUACCUCAGAACCUUUCCUUCCCAAAGCUAAACACCAUUGACUUGAGCUCCAACAGCUUCCAAGGCUCUUUCCCUCUCUGGUCAACAAACGCAACAGAGCUUCGUCUCUACGAGAACAACUUCUCCGGUCCUCUUCCACGUAACAUCGACGUAUUGAUGCCAAGAAUGGAGAAGCUAUACCUCUUCAGUAACAGCUUCACUGGCGCAAUCCCAUCGUCUCUAUGCGAAAUCUCCGGACUGCAAAUCCUCUCUCUGAGGAAAAACCGUUUCUCCGGUAGCUUUCCGAAUUGCUGGCACCGUUCCUUCAUGUCCUGGGGGAUUGAUGUCUCUGAGAACAACUUAUCAGGCCAAAUACCGGAGUCUCUCGGUGCGUUGCGUUCUCUAAGCGUCUUGCUCCUAAACCAGAAUGCAUUGGAAGGUAAAAUCCCUGACACUCUUCAGAACUGCUCUGGACUUACAAACAUUGAUCUCGGAGGGAACAAGCUCACUGGGAAGCUUCCACCAUGGCUAAGAAAUCUGUUUUCUCUGUACAUGCUUCGUCUGCAAGGCAACUCAUUCACUGGUCCAAUCCCUGAUGAUCUCUGCAGCGUCGAGAAUCUACACAUUCUUGAUCUCUCGGGAAACAAAUUCUCUGGACCGAUUCCGAAAUGCAUCAGCAACCUCACAGCCAUUGCGCGUAGUAAGAGCUUCGAGGUGUUUCAGAAUCUUGUCUUCAUUGUGACGAGAGCUCGUGAGUACCAGGACUUAGUCUACAGCAUAAACCUUUCGGGGAACAACAUGAACGGAGAGAUACCAGGUGGAAUCUUAGGCCUCACUAACCUUCGAAUCUUGAAUUUGUCGAGGAACUCCAUCGCAGGACGCAUACCGGAGAAGAUCUCAGAGCUUGGUCGCUUGGAGACGCUUGAUCUGUCGAGAAACAAGAUUUCUGGAGCCAUUCCCCAGAGCUUGGCAGCGAUAUCUUCUCUGCAGAGGCUGAAUCUUUCGUACAAUAAACUGGAGGGAAGCAUACCGAAGCUUCUCAAGUUUCAAGAUCAGUCCAUUUACAUUGGAAAUGCAUUGCUCUGUGGGAAGCCACUUCCUAAAAAAUGUCCAAAAGACAUUAAUAGCAGAUUGUAA